AUUGUCCUCAGACUCUCUCUCCUCCCGACAGAUCAAUCAACCUGUUUUGAAAAAAAAACGUCAUUUUCCUCUAAUCUCCGAUCCCCAGAUUCUUAUAGAUUUUAGGAGGGAGGGGGAAUGAUUGUUUGAUCUUGGAUUUGAAUUGAGAGAGAGACAAGUGGUUAUUGGUGAAUCUGUGUAAAAUGCGGGUGCUUGGUUUGAGCUCAAGCUUAUGCUCUACUGAGGAGAAGGAGGUUGAAGAGAUGGUUGGAGACUCCUCAGGUCUCACACCGGUCUAUCUCAACGUGUAUGAUCUAACACCUGUCAACAAUUAUCUCUAUUGGUUUGGUCUUGGCAUCUUUCACUCUGGUAUUGAAGCUCAUGGUUUCGAAUAUGGAUAUGGUGCUCACGAGUACUCGAGCAGCGGCGUGUUUGAGGUUGAACCUAGGAACUGCCCAGGUUUCAUCUUUAGGCGUUCAGUUUUGCUGGGAACAACAAGCAUGUCUCCCUCAGAUUUCCGCUCAUUCAUGGAGAAGCUUUCGAGGAAGUAUCACGGGGACACAUACCAUUUGAUUGCCAAGAACUGUAACCAUUUCACUGAAGAAGUGUGCUUGCAGGUAACAGGAAAGCCUAUUCCCGGAUGGAUUAAUCGGAUGGCUCGUGUAGGUUCAUUCUGUAACUGUAUCCUUCCAGAGAGCAUACAGCUCUCAACUGUUGGACAGCCCGAAGCCCUUGAGUUCUCUGAUGAUAAUGAUGGAUCAGAAGAAUCAGUUGCAUCUUCUCUCUCAGACGAGACAGAUGGAGAAGGACAAGAUCAUCAUCUCAUAACAGCACCAAACAGCGACAUUGCAUAUCUUCAAGACAGACCAGUGCGACUUGCCCGUGAGCUCCUCCAAGAACCAAGCGAUGGAUCUCCUAUGUUGAGACGGUCUUGAGCUCUCUAAAGCAUCCAUCCCCCCCCCCAUGGAAACAUCACUAUGGAAGCAGAAGCGAGUAUUUGUCUGAAAAUUUCCAUCUUGUGAGUAUAUUCUUUGGGUCUAGAAAUGUAUAAAAUAUUUGAAUUUAAGUGAGAACCCAUGGUAGUAGUGAGUGUAGACAUUAUGAUGUGAACUUGUUUGACAAUAUUUGUGUUCCCUCUUCUCCUGAAGGCAACUCUUUAUGUUCUCUUUUCACACUUCUGAUUUGUAUGUCAUUAUGAAAUCUGCGGUGCUAUUAAUUAGUAUUCAAAUUUUGUGAUCAA